AUGGGCUCGCAAACACAGCAGCGCAGUGGCGCGACUGCAGCUCGGAAUGAAAAUGCGCCAAAGGCAGCCAUAGCCUGUCUGGUCUGUAGAUCAAGAAAGGUCAAAUGCGAUAAGACUAUACCCGAGUGUCGAAACUGCGUUCGACUGGGUGUCGGGUGCCCUGGUUUCAGCCCGCAGAGCGAGUUCAUCUCGCGCAAGGAGAUGCAGAAAUCUGCGGAUGACAUCUUCAAGGCUGCCGGAGUUGAAAAACGACGGGUGGGAUCCUGCGAAGAAUGCCGGUCAUCGAAGCAUCGCUGCACCAAGACUCGGCCGUCCUGUCGCCGCUGCAUCUUGCGUAACUUGCCCUGCAUCUAUCCCUCAAAGUUGGACAAGCAGCACGAGCGCGAAUCUUCUUCUCAGCCUGCCAGCUCGGUGGCCAGCUCUACGGUUGCUGCUGCAGGAUUCACGUCAAUGGCCCCGGCCCAGCCUUUGGAACCUACCCAGUGGGCGAAUCCCACACUGCUGCAGGCAUUUGGCGUUGAUAUUGAAAGCCUAUGCACAGAUACCCUCCCAAAAGACCACGGGCUUCGACUUCGGCUAGUUAAUGCCUACUUUGAACGAAAUCACUACCUCCGCUGUCUCUCUUUCAUUCAUCGCCCAUCUUUUAUGCAGUCGCUCGAAGCAGCAAGUAUUGCGCAGGACUACGGAGAACCUCUGCUCUACAUAAUAUGCGCCCUUGGCGCUAGGCACAUCUACUUUGAUGCAAUACUGAGUCUAGAUGGCGCUGAUCGCGAUUCACUUCCAACCGCGAUUCCGGGGCAUGAGUGGGCCGAGAGAGCGAGAAAGGAGGUAUUAGGAGAACUGCAUGCUCCUACCGUGCAGAGUCUCAUGACGGUAGCUCUUCUAUGUGAAUAUGGUCUUCGGGAAGAUCAGCAUGCUUUGGUCUUUAUCCUGCUGGCUUUUUUGCAUCGCGCCAUAAGAUUGCUAAGCUUGGAUUCGCCGCGCCCACUUCACAAUCGCUGUACAGCCGCUCAGGUGAUUCAACGAGAGGUAGAAAAUCGCAUCGUUUGGGCCAGCUUUGUCAUUGACGGUCUUGCCGCCAAUGGCGUCGAGAAAAAUAUGUGCUGGAAGGACCAUAUACCGGAAAUUCCGUUGCCUUGCCCGGAAGACUGCUUUACAUCUCAACUUGCAUCACCACCACACUAUGUUGUACAGAUCGAAGGCUCAGGAAUGCAGGAAGCUAUUACAGAACUGGACUUGUCAUCUCUGAUGAUCUUAGUGGUGCGCCUGAGGACGAAAGGGAUGCAGCUUAUUCGAGUUGCUGGUGAUGCCAUGCGUAUUUGGGAACCGUCGUCUGACUUUGUCAGAAUCAUUGAUCAACUCAACGCACUUUAUAACAACUUGCCGGAAAAGUAUUACCUAACAGAUGCCAAUCUCUUCGUGCUGAAAGAAAGGGGAAUGCUCGGUGGUGUUUUCGCUCUACAUCUCUUUAUUCAUGCCGUCAUAUUUGACCUCACCCGAAUCUCUUUAGCCGGCUUCAGCUUCCCCCUCGCAUCGGCAUUUAAAAACGCACCGCUUCAAUUUCGAGCACAUUGCCAAAAUCUAUGUCGCUAUCAUGCGACUCAGGCAUCUCACAUCAUCCGUACCGGAAUGACCUUUAGUCCAAUCGCAUUUGAUGACCUUUUUUGCCCCGAUGCAAUCAUCGAAUCAACCAAAGUGCAAAUUAUUUAUACAGCUACGGUGGAUCAGUCUCCUCAGACUUUGCAAGAGACAAGAGAUAAUAUCAUCACCAACUUCAGCUUUCUCCUGGCUAUUCACAAUCGUGGAAAAGAGGCACCAAUACAAUUUAUACGGGGCCUUAUUCCACUUUGCCACCUUUUUGGCUUUCGGGAUAUUGCAGAGAGAUACCAAGAAACGCUUAGUAUACCUAUUGAUCCUGCCGAAGUUACAGGAUCUGCGGAAGACCACCACCUUUCAGCAUUGGCCUCAUUCCGGAGAGGUAGAGCACAGAUUGAGGAAGCACAGUCAACAAGCAGUGUCAAGACGAUGUCAGCAAAUGAUGGCAAGUCGCCAUUAAUCCAAGCAAGCCAGAACCUGUUCUAUGAGACGUCGAUAGAUAAGAGCGGCAGCAGCGACUUUGCAAAUGCGCUGCCUGUGCUGAGACCAACGUAUCCCCCGCUAGAGAUAGCGCCCGAACUCAUGAACCAGAGCUUGCCUCCGCGAGCUUCGCUUCACGUCAUACCAUCGGCAGAAGUUUUGGUCCAGAACGGGGCUAUAAUGCAGCCUUCGGUUGAGGACUAUAUCAAAACGGCGGAUGAAAUGUCGACCUAUCUGACAUGGGGCAUCCCGGACAUGCCCCAAUGGCUUGAUAUACCUAAUCAAAUGCCCCCAGGAUGA